AUGUUAACUAGAAAUUUAGAUAAAGCUAGACAAGCUUACUAUGAGGGUAAUGUUGAAAUGUCUAAAAAGGCACACAGAAACGAAACUGUUUAAGGAUAAGAAGAUGAAAAAUUAAAAAGCGACCAUAAUGAAGAUCACAACAACUCUGGUGCCUACAUAAAGAGUGCGGUUUAUGGUGGUUUAGAUGGUACCAUAACAACAUACUCAGUCGUUAUGGGUGUAGCAGGUGCUAAUCUUGCAACAAUUGUUGUUGUAGCUUUGGGUGUAGCUAACUUGAUUGGUGAUGGUAUUUGCAUGGCCUUAGGUGAUUAUCUUUCAACUAAAUCAGAAAUUGAAUUCUAAAGAAAAGAAAGAGCUAGAGAAGAAUGGGAGGUUGAAAAUAAUCCCGAUGAAGAAAAGAAUGAAAUGGUAGAACUCUAUGAAUAAAAAGGAAUAACAAGAGAAGAUGCCAGAAGCGUUGUUGAAAUCAUUUCUAAAAAUAAAUAAGCUUGGGUUGAUAUUAUGAUGAUUGAAGAAUUAGGAUUAUUGCCUGAAGAAGAAGAUCCAGUAAAAAAUGCAAUUGUCACCUUUAUUGCUUUUGUCUUGUUCGGCUUAAUUCCUUUGAUUCCCUUCAUUAUCAUAGAAAUUGCUUCUAUCAAAGCAAGCAAUACAUUAUUCUAUGUUUCAACAGCAAUGACUGCUACAUUCCUAUUCAUUUUAGGUUUCACAAAAUCUAUGUUCACUUAUUCUAAGUGGUGGAAAAGUGGUCUUGAAACUCUUUUGAUUGGUGUUGUAGCUGCAGGAUCUUCCUAUCUUAUAGGACUUGCAUUCCGUCCUUUGACAGAUGGAGCCAGCGCUUGA